GCUCAGGUGGGGCGUGUGCCGGCGACUCAGGCGGCGGGACGGGUCGUGUGGGCGUGUGGUGAGUCAGAAUAUGAGUCGUGAGGUGUGCUGUUCAGACCCCUUCCGCCGCGGCUGGAGCCCCACGCCCCCCGCCGCUUCCUCCUACACCACCCACGCCGCCCACGCCCACGCCGGCCGCCUUCAGGGCACUCAACGCCACGCCCGUAGUGACUGUGGACGUGACCGGGAGUGCGGGGACCUGCUCGCCUUGUACUACUUCUUGUGCCGGCGUGCAGUGCGGUGAGGACAGGAAGUGUGUGGUGCGGUGUGGGACGCCAAUGUGUGUGUGCUCGCCGCAGUGCCACCUCAAGCACAAGGAGGCGGUGUGUGGCUCGGACAACCGCACCUACAAGAGCGAGUGUCACCUGCUGAAGCGCGCCUGCCGGAAGAAGAAGAGGCUGCUGGUGGCACAUUACGGGCCCUGUCAGACGUGCAUCGGUGUGCGGUGUGGGGGUGCCAAGAAAUGUGUGAUGGACGAACAGAUGACUCCACGUUGUCUUCGCUGCCCUGAGUCAUGUCCUCUGUCCCAGCGCCCUCGCCACCUCUGCGGGACCGACCAGCGCACGUACUCCUCCCCGUGUCACCUCAAACAAGCCUCCUGUCUGGCCGGCGCAGUGAUCCUCAGGGCGUACAAGGGGCCGUGUCAAGAGGACGCCACGUGCAAUACAGUGCGGUGCUGGCGGGGACAGAAGUGUCUGCUGCAGGAUCACACGGGGCAACCCCAGUGCACACCUUGCGGCUCCCUCGAUUCCUGCCUGCCCUCCUCCCGCCCCGUCUGCGCCUCCGACGGAAAGGUGUACCCCUCCUGGUGCGCCUUCAGGCAUGAGGCGUGUCGCUCUGGCCGCGCCCUCACCCCCACCCUGCACCUCCAUUGCGCCGCCAACCACACCAAGCCGGACGAUUGCCACAAACAACCUUUCAAGCUGAAGAAGAACAAGCAGCGCAGGAAGCAACUCGAACUUAUGAAGCAGAACGAAAUCCGGCAGCAGAUCCGACGCCAGCGAGUUCUCCAGGGCGUGGCUCAGGUCGCUGGCUCCUCAAUCCAUGACUUGAGUUUGAGCGAGAGACUGAACAGCGUGGAGCGUGGCACAAGCCGGGGCGGGGCUGUGGAGAGGGUUGGCAGCCGGAAAAGCGCAACUGUCGAUGAAGAUUCAAGCAACGAUAAGAGGAAGAAGAGGAAGCGAAGGAGGAGACGACGAAACUGCAAAAAGAACAGAAAGCGAGCGAGACAAGAGAGACAGCGAUCAAGAGAGCAGAAGGAGGAGGGAGAUUGAGUGGGAGGGAGAGAUGCGCAGCAGCAGCAACAGCAGCAGCAAAAAGAAUGGCGUGUGUGGUGUAGGCAGUCGAGUUUUUAUGAAUGUUCCCACCACGAGCAUUUAUAAGUCCUGCCCGCUGUUUUGACGCCGCCUCGCCACCACAAGCGCAUUAUCGUGUCUCAGUAUUUGGGUUGCGCGCCACUGCAUGUACCUCUGCGGCUCCCGACACUCCCUCUCCCUCACUCAUGUCAAAUGUCACUUGAUCUCAAAAGGAAAUCAUAGGGAAGUCCUAAUGUUCACGUGUGGAGUGCUCGCCGAGUCUCGUCAGCGCCUCUCAUUUCACUACAUUGUCAGAAAGCAGUGUUCGUCAAGUACACUAUUGAUUCAUGUUCAAGUUUCAUUGUGUCAUGUUAUGCUGUACUGUAGUCUUGUAGUCUUAGCGUUGUAGGUAGUCUCGUAGCUCAUGUUGGUUUCAAACUGAUGACCUCCAUGAUUGGAAAUGUAUGAUUGUGAUUUACUAAUGUAAGAUAUUAAUUAUGUGCAUUCUCUUAACAUUAAUGUGUAUUCACCUCAACAUUUAUAAAAGGCUUGAUUCUUAUGAGUAAUCUGCCUGGUUUGCUGCCAUUCUCAGCUGUAAGGCAGUGAGCGUUGAGUGUAGCCCUCGGGGGAGCUUGUGCCGUGUGUUGGGAAGCCUUUGUCACAGGGUGUGGCUGUGUGUGGACUGCCUGGGCCUGCGAGGCACGGGGUUAGGGCUGAGUGGACAAUGAUGGGUUUGACAGGGGAUGGGGUAAGGGGCCAAGGCUGUAGUACAGUACGGCAGUGUGUUGGUUUGUGUGUGUAUGUGUGUGGAAAAGUGGAGCACUGUGUUGAACUUGAUGAUGUAGACCUGUAGAGUUAUGCUUGAAGUAAUAGUACUGCUGGAGGGAGGUAGUAGUAAUGGUAUGUACUACUGUAGUAGAGAAAACUUUAAAACUUUUGAAUAAUGUAUCAUUUCAUCAAGUGUGUAUGAUACUAAUAUAGACUUGUCCUCAAGCAAGUUUUCAGUGAAUUAACUGAAAUGCAUAUUUAAAAUCAGAUUGUGUAAUCUGUGUGUAGUGAUUAGUGAGCCUCUGUGUUACAGAAUAUAUAUAU